AUGUCGCCAAAGUGUCCACCUUUUUCGAGGUUCAAGGCUUUUUGUGACACGCGCAACAUUUGCCUCGAAACUUCCGCGCCGUACCACCCUGAGUCGAAUGGUUUGGCUGAGGUCACGGUCCAGGAGAUCAAACGCCUCAUGAAAAGGUGUCAUGAGACAGGGGAAGAUUUCGAUGAACAACUGCUGGCAUGGCGCUGCUUGCCACUAGCCGCAGGGGCAUUGCCGGCUCAAGCAUUCUUAGGACGCCGCCCUAGGACCGCUCUCCCGGCUCUGGCCACGCCCCUACCGGACCUAGACAAGUUCCGCGAACGCCGUCACGCCCAGGCUGCCGCCCACAUCCAUUUUGACCGCCCACGCUUCCCUCUGCCACCAAUCAGCUCCACUGUCUUGGUCCAAGACCCCAAGACCAAACGCUGGCUCAAGCACUACAACGCCCGUUCUGCCAUCAUCCGCUUCGAGAACGGCCGUCAAGCAAGGCGUAACCGGCGCCACCUCAAAUUCAUUGACCCCGAAACGCCUCCUAUGCGCGCCCAGCCCCAAGAGCCGGCUAACCGGCCCCGCCCUCCACCCGUUCCAGCUCAGCCGCAACGUCCACAGCGCCAACGCUGA